CCACGUGUAUCUCUUCCAAAUUAACACCCUCUUCAUUUCUUCAGAACUCAAUGAGUCUCGUUGCACUCUUUUCCUCUCUUCUAUCAUGUGUACUAUCACUUAGAAAUCCUCGCAGUUUCUGGAAAUAUCAUUCCAUUAGGUACCUUAAUUUAUUUAUUUUCCUUAUUUUCUUUCAAUUUCAGUUCAGGUUGUUAUGAUUAUGUUUUCCGAAAAAAUUGAAAUGCAAAGAAAAUUUGAACUUAUCUUGUUUAGACAUCAAUUUGAGUUUGAUUUUGCCAGUUUCAAAAAAAAAAAAAUUGAGUUUGAUUUCCAAGAACGACUUAUUUUUGUAAUAUUGCAGAAUUUUAAUUUUUUUGGGAUUUUUUUUCGUAUAUAUUGUUCCGUUUCAAACUCGUUUCUCAUAGAAAGUAAAAGGAGACAGAUCUCAUUAUUUAAAAUUGUUAAUGUGUUACUGCUAUAAUAUUCUAUCACCCCAAUAUCACAUAGACAUAGAGGAAGUCCAAAUACAUGCCUGGCAUAUAUUUGCAAAAACAUGUCAACCCCAAAUAAAAAGAUAAAUGUAAUUGUGAAAUAAUUUUGGGGGGAAAUGUAAAACGGAAUAGUAAAAUUGUAUAACGGGUGAUGAUUUGGCAUUAUUGAGUUGGCAAUCAUUUAACCCCUAUCCCUUAGUUCUUCUUUCUUACUGAGUGUUGGGUUCCAAAUCUUCCUCCACCAUUUUCGAACACCACCAAAUCUUCGAACUCCAAUUUCUAACACCACCAUAUUCAUCCAAAAAAAAAAAAUUCAAACUCAUUUUUAUCUUCUUGUUCUCCUCUUCUUCUUCAUCCACGUUUGUUGAGAUAUUAUUUUGGGGUUAGUUUAGUUGCUCCAUAAUGUUAAUUUCGGAAAUGGAGGGCAGUGGGGCUGAAAUUGGUGACGAAAAUGGUGAAGGUAGUCGCGAGGUUGAAGGAGAAGAGGAAGAAGAAGACUUCAUAUGGAAGUACGAACCACAAUCCUCCUCCGACGAAGAGGAAUUUGUACAAAGUGUUGGUGGUAUACAAAUGUUGGAUGGUUCCUUUAGGUACUAUGCCCGGCCUGUUUCAGCUUCCGGAUGUGUAUAUCAACAACAACGAGCAUAUGUUGGCGAUGGAUAUAUUGAUGGCUACAUAGACCCGUCUGGGGGCCAUGUCACGUUUGCAUCUCCUCAAAUGGGGCAUCCUCAAAUGGGGUAUGCUCCUCAAAUGGGCCAUCCUUGUCAAAUGGGCCAUCCUACUCAAAUAGUCCAUCCCUCUGAAAUGGGCCAUCCUACUCAAAUAGGCCAUCCUUCUGAAAUGGGCCAUCCUACUCAAAUAGUCCAUCCUUCUGAAAUGGUCCAUCCUACUCAAAUGGGCCAUCCGAUCCCUGUUAUGAACUCGUACCAUCAUGGGUCGUCAUCUUGUCAUCAAGGGUGUUCUUCUGUAGGUCAGUUUCGUCCACUAAACAACAUCAACAACAACACUGCUAUUGUUUAUAAUAACCAUUUUCCUUCGUUUACGCAAAAUGGUAGUGUUUCUAUGCAACCUGUUUCAGGCAACGAUGGUGGUUCAACGGCAACGAUGGUGGUUCCUAGAUUUAUACAAAAUAUCUUGUUGGGAGGAAAUGGCGAAGGUUAAGACUUGUAAAUUAUUCGAUUGGAAUAGUAGUUGUCUUUGUGAUUUACUUUUCCUUUGGUUUGUUUGUUUGUGGAGUGAAAAUAGUUCAAACUAGUACUGGACUGUAAACAUUUGAUUUGGUAACAUUUUUGCAUUAUCCUAGUGCAUAGGCCCAUAUUCAAAAUAGGCCCAUAUUCAA